CUCCGGCUUUCGGGUUCAAGCCUGCGCUUCGCGGGCCACAGGUUCCCACGCUCCGCUGUCGGGUUUUGGGGUCGCCCUGUAGGUUAAAACCCCGAACCUGCUCAUUCCUCUCGCGGCGUGGCCCUAAGACGUUCCCAGUCCCGUCGCUCCGAGAGGGUCUAGAGAUCUGCGUCCAUUUCGGAUUAAGAUCGUUCUGAAGUGGGUACUGGCCCCGACCUUUUUGCUUUAGCCCACACAAUAUGACCUCGGGGAGGAUGUGAGAAAGAUGAAGAACUGUGAUGAUCCACUUCUUCUUAAUGAAUGACUGACUUACCUGAGAAAGAAACUCAGAGGAAGAGGAAAGAAAGAAGAGGAGGGAAUGGCUCUUUCUCAGUGUGGCCCAGGGAAGCCAAAAGGUUGGACACUGCUGCUGUAAACUACACCAAACAAGCACGGAGAGAAAACUGCACUCAGCAAAAACAGAAUCUGCACUCUUGUCUAGUGCACAUAGCAUAUUCUCCAGGAUGGACCACAUGUCAGGCCACAGAACAAGUCUCGAUACAUUUUAAAAAGCUACAACUUACAAAACUAUUCUCACACCACAAUCGAGUGAAAUUGGAAAUCAAUAAAAGGAAAACUGAAAAAUUCACUUUUAAAUGAAUUUUAACUUCCUUAUUGAGGGACUGUUUACAUUCAAGGAUGUGGCCAUAGAAUUCUCUCAAGAGGAGUGGGAGUGCCUGGACCCUGCCCAGAGGGCCUUGUACAGGGACGUGAUGUUGGAGAACUACAGGAACCUGCUUUCUCUCGAUGAGGAUAACAUCCCUCCAGAAAACGAUAUUUCCGUUGGAUUUACAAGCAAGGGAUUAUCACCAAAGGAAAAUAAUAAAGAGGAAUUAUACCAUCUGGUGAUAUUAGAAAGAAAGGAAAGCCAUGGCAUCAACAAUUUUGACCUCAAGGAAGUCUGGGAAAAUAUGCCUAAGUUUGACAGCCUGUGGGACUAUGAUGCAAAAAAUUACAAAGGAAUGCCUUUGACCUGUAACAAAAAUCUCACUCACAGAAAAGAUCAACAACAUAAUAAAUCCUCAAUAUAUUUCUCUGUAAAGCAGAGUGUUUCUAUAAGAGAUAGUGCACACCAGUAUUUCAUCCAUGACAAGCCAUUUAUAAGGAAUUUGUUAAAACUGAAAAAUAACAUAAGGUAUGCUGGAAACAAAUACGUGAAGUGUUUUGAAAAUAAAAUUGGAUUAAGCUUACAGGCACAGCUGGCUGAACUACAGAGAUUUCAAACUGGGGAGAAAAUGUAUGAAUGUAAUCCAGUUGAGAAGUCUAUCAAUAGUUCUUCAGUUUCACCACUUCCUCCUUGUGUCAAAAACAUUUGUAAUAAAUAUAGGAAGAUUUUGAAAUACCCUUUGUUACAUACACAGUAUGGGAGAACACACAUUAGAGAAAAGUCAUACAAAUGUAAUGACUGUGGAAAGGCUUUUAGCAAAAGUUCGAACCUCACUAAUCAUCAGAGAAUUCACUCUGGGCAGAGACCUUACAAAUGUAACAAGUGUGGCAAAGCCUUUAACCAGUGUUCGAACCUCACUAGGCAUCAGAGAGUCCAUACAGGAGAGAAACCAUAUCAAUGUAAUAUAUGUGGCAAGGUCUGUAGUCAAAAUUCAAAUCUUGCAAGUCAUCAGAGGAUGCAUACUGGAGAGAAACCUUACAAGUGUAAUGAAUGUGGUAAGGCAUUUAUCCAGCGUUCACACCUUUGGGGUCAUGAAAGAAUUCAUACUGGAGAGAAACCUUACAAAUGUAAUGAAUGUGACAAAGCCUUUGCUGAGCGUUCAAGCCUUACCCAACAUAAGAGAAUCCAUACUGGAGAGAAGCCUUACAUAUGUAAUGAGUGUGGCAAAGCUUUUAAGCAGUGCUCACAUCUCACUAGGCAUCAGAAUAUACAUCCUGGAGAGAAACCACACAAAUGUAAUGUGUGUGGCAGGGCUUUUAUCCAAAGUUCAAGUCUUGUGGAACAUCAGAGAAUUCACACUGGAGAAAAACCUUACAAAUGUAAUAAAUGUGAUAAAGCUUUUAUCAAACGUUCACACCUUUGGGGUCAUCAGAGAACUCAUACUGGAGAGAAACCUUACAAAUGUACUGAAUGUGGCAAAGCCUUUACUGAACGUUCAAAUCUUACUCAGCAUAAGAAAAUCCAUACUGGAGAGAAACCUUACAAAUGUGCUGAAUGUGGCAAAGCUUUUACCCAAUUUGCAAACCUCACUAGACAUCAGAAAAUACACAUUGAAAAGAAACAUUGUAAACAUAAUAUACAUGGUAAUGCUUUAUUCCAAAGUUCAAACCUUGGAGAUCAUCAAAAAAGUUAUAAUAGAGAAAAACAUAUCAAAUAUAAUGAGACAAAAAUUAAGUAUUCAAGCUGUACUUAGCAUCAGGGGCUCCAUUGUGAAAAGAAACCAUAUAAAACGAAAAUGUGGUAAAGCCUUUAGCUAUGGCUUAUGUCUCACUUGAUACCAGAAUAUACAUCUUUGAGAUAAACCACACAAAGAUAACAUGUAUGGCAAGGCUUAUCCAAAGUUCAAGCCUUGUGGAACAUCAUAGAAUUCUUACUGUAGAGAAGCCUGACAAAUAUAAUGAAUGUGAACAGCUUUAUAAAAAUAUUUACCCUAUUAUGGUUAUAACAGAAGACAUUCAGGAUGGAAACCAUACAAAUGUGGCAAGUCCUUUAAGCAAUGUUCUGACUUCAGGAUACACCAUUCAUAUUGGAGAGAAGCAUUACAAGUGAAGGUGGUAAAUUAUUUUAAAUUUCUCGAUGGAAAUUCAUCCUUAUAUGCAAGCAUUUUGUCAUACAAAAAUUCAGGCUAGAGGGAACUAAGUCUUUAUUCCGUCUUGAAGAUUAAAUGAUCGAUGUUAAAUUCACAGACAAUUUUAAAAAGUCACAAACUCAUGGUGUGUGUCAGAGGAGCAAGGACAUCUGUGGAAAGAUGUAACUUCAGUGUUAAAAAUUUUUUAUUCAGUUAUUUCAUAUUUUUUAAAGUAUGAAAUCUGUUGCUGUUAAAUCUUCAUGGCAUGCUUUUCAUUUAUCAUGAUUGUCUCAAGGAAUGGAUGUAAGAUGGAAGAGACCACUUCCUUAGGUGUGGCUUCUUUAUAUUACUGAAACCUGGAAAAAGCAAGAACACUAAUUUUUUCUGUUUUUGGAGACAGAGUCUUGCUGUGUCACCCAGGCUGGAGCGCAGUGGCACGAUCUCAGCUCACUGCAACCUCUGUCUCCCGGGUUCAAGCAAUUCUCCUGCCUCAGCCUCACGAGUAGCUGGGAUUACAGGCAUGCGCCAUCAUGCCUGGCUAGUUUUUUUUUUUUCUUUUUUCUUUUUUUUUUUUGUAUUUUUAGUAGAGAUGGGGUUUCGCCAUGUUGGCCAGGCUGAUCUUGAACUCCUGACCUCAGGUGAUCCACCUGCCUUGGCCUCCCAAAGUGCUGGGAUUACAGGCAUGAGCCACCGUGCCCAGCCAAGAACACUAAUAUACAAUAUACUAUAAGAGCAUGGGGGUUUGUGCCAGAAGAGAGGUAAAACUAUUGUCUAACAUAUAUGCUUUAUGUGGUCAGGACCCCUUAGAAUUGUUGAUGUGACUGGGGACCUUUGUCGAUUAUAGGAGAGGUUGGUGACAGUACAAGAUGACCAUGAAACAAGAAGAGUACAGUGGGACAUUGAGAGAUUUUCAUGGAAGUAAAAUGGUCGGUUACUAGAGACUGCAUAUGUGGUAGAAAGAAAUGGAGGGGGAAUGAUAGUUACCCUCUCUUGAAAGGUAGUUACUGUUGCAUAUCACAGAUUAUUGAACAUAGGUCUUAUUUUUGGAAACUGAAGAGAGAAUGGUUACCAUAGAGGACAGUUCCAUCAAAAGAACCAGAGUAGUGUUCUUAUAGGGGAUUCACAUUUGGCCCCUGAGAUUGCAUUUGAUACCAUUUUAUUUAGAAUAUAUUAUACUUCUUAUGUCUUAAUUAGUAAAAUAUAAUCAUUUUUAGUAACCCUGAAUGAAUCAUGUGCCUUCCAUCAACCCAAGCAUAUCCCACCUCAUUGGGACACUUAAUAUCAAACACUAUAAUACAUCAUUAGACUCUCAAGGUUGAAUGUCAUCUAUAACAAUUUCUAUCCAUGUUAUGUUCAAACAGUAUACAAUUUAAGAAGUAUAUAUUCAUAAUUUGCACUUGAAAUAUUUUCUCCAGACUCUGCCCUAGAUGACUUCUAUGGCUAUAAUGAAAAUGCCAUGCCAUAGUGGGACAAUAUCAGACCCCCUGAAACCUGUCUUCCUGUUCAUGAAUAUGCACUGUGCAGUUAUAUUUCUACAUGCCUUUUUUUCUACAUAACUUUAUUUCUGCAUGCCUUUUACCUGAGAGGAAAAUAACAAAUGUAAGCAUAUGAAAAUUAUUAGUAAAUGAAAUUUCUGAAAUAAUAACACAACUUCUUUUUUUGUACUUGGAGCACUCCGCAAAAUAAUUUGAAAAAAAUGAGUGUUCAUGAGUUUCCCCUUAAUAAUGAACAUAGGCAAUGGAUUUUUUUUUUAAAGAAACUAGAAACCUCAUGUAUUUACCCCCAAAACAUUUUUUUUUACUGAUUUGCACUUGUCGCCACUCCAUUGGAACAGGAGGGAACCCCGUGCAAAGUUUGGUUUAGAUUUCAGGAUUCGUGGUACUCUACAUCAAAGUAUUAUAAGAAUGUUUAUUACGAAAGGCUUUCUGGAGAGAACAGGGUAGACUUCCCAAGCUGGUUCAAAAAUGGCUAGAGAAGGCAGUGAAAGAUGAUCGACUUGGGGUGUUACGAUGUUUAUCUGGUGGGGCUGGAGUGAAUACUCAUCUGUGGUUUAAAUUUUCAGCUAGCCGGCUGGGCAGGGAGGCUGACAUCUGUAAUGUCAGCACUUUGAGAGGCCCAGGCGAGGAGAUUGCUUGAGCCCAGGAGUUUGAGACUAGCAUAGGCAAUAUGUCAAGACCCUGUCUGCAAAUUUAGAAGUUAGUUGGGCAUGGUGGCACAUUUCUAUAGUCCCAGCUACUCAGGAGGCUGAAGCAGGAGAAUUCCUUGAGCUCAGGAGUUGGAGGUUACAGUGAACUAGGAUCAUACCACUGCACUCCAGCCUAGGUGACAGAGCAAGGCCCUGUCCAAAAAAAAAUCAAUUUCUAGGCCAGGCACAGUGGCUCAUGUCUGUAAUUCUAACACUUUGGAAGGCCAAGAUGGGCGGAUCGCUUAAGCCCAGGAAUUCGAGACUAGCCUGGGCAAACUGUCACUAUAAAAAAUACCACCCACCCAAAAUUAACAUUUGUUAGUACCUCAUAACUUUUUUUUUUUUUUUUUGAGACAGAGUCUAACUCUGGUGCCUAGUCUGGAGUGCAGUGGCACAAUCUCAGCUCACUGCAACCUCCACCUCCCAGGCUCAAGCGGUUCUCCUGCCUCAGCCUCUCGAGUAGCUGGGACUACAGGCAUGCACCACCAUGCCCAGCUAAUUUUUGUAUUUUUAAUAGACACAAGGUUUCACCAUAUUGGCCAGGCUGAUCUCGAACUCCUGACCUCAAGUGAUCUGCCUGCCUAGGCCUCCCAAAGUGCUGGGAUUACAGGUGUGAGCCACCAUACCCAGCCUAGUACCUCAUCACUUUUUGUUGCUGAAUAAUAUUCUACAGUUUGUCUGUCCAUUCAUUAUUUGAUGGAGAUUUGAACUCUUUCUACUGUUUGAAAUUAGGCUAUUAUGGGCCGGGUGCAGUGGCUGAUGCCUGUAAUCCCAGCACUUUGGGAGACCGAGACGGGCGGAUCACGAGGUCAGGAGAUCGAGGCCAUCCUGGCUAACACGGCAAAACCCCGUCUCUACUAAAAAUACAAAAAAUUAGCUCACCUGGUGGCGGGCAUCUGUAGUCUCAGCUACUCGGAAGGCUGAGGCAGGAGAAUGGCAUGAAUCCGGGAGGCGGAGCGUGCAGUGAGCCCAGAUCACGCCACUGCACUCCAGCCUGGGCGACAGAGCGAGACUCUGUCUCAAAAAAAAAGAAAUUAGGCUAUUAUGGAAAAUGCUGCUAUGAACAACUUUUUACAAGAUGUUUUUGCACAUACAUGUUUUCACUUCUCUUGGGUAUGUCUGUAAACAUGGAAUUUCUGGGUCAUAUAGUAAUUAUCAGUGAUUAUCUUUUUGUGGAUUUGCCAAACUGUUUUCGAAGGCAGCUGCACCAUUUUACUUUUCUACCAGCAAUGUUCCAGUGUUCCAUUUUCUGCACUUCCUAUCGAUUAUUGAUGUUUUUAGUUGUUGGGUUAGCAGUAGUAGUAUAUAGCCUUCUAGUCACUUACAAGUGAUAUUUCAUUGUGGUUGGAUUUCCUUAAUGAUGAAUGUUGAGCAUCUGUUCCUAUGCUUAUUAGCCAUGUGCAUCUUCAUUGGAGAAAUAUCUACUCAAACAUUUCUUUUAAUGUUUUAAAAAUUAGAUUGUGUAUUUUUGGUUCAGUUGUAAGAGUUAUUUUAUAUUCUGAAUACUACACCCUUAUGAGAUUUGCCAAUACUUUUUCCACUUCUGUGUACUGUUUUUCCACUUUCUUGAUAGCAUUCUGGAUUUCGGCAAAGUUGGCAAUGUUCUAUGGCUCAUACCUGUAGUCUGAGCACUUUGAGAGGCUCAGGAGAGAGGACCACCUGUGUCCAGGAGUUCGAGGCUAGCCUGGGCAACAUAGUGAGACCACAUCUCUACAAAAAAAUAAAAAAUUAGCUGGGUGUCAUGGCAUGCACCUGUAGUCCCAGCUACUCGGGAGGUUGAGGUAAAAGGAUCGCUUGAGACAGGGAGGUUGAGGCUGCAGUGAGCCAUGACUGACACUGCACUCAGCCUGAGUGACAGAGUGAGACUCAGGACCAAUACAGUAAUACAGAUUGUGAUGAAUAAACUUUGAAAACAUGGAAUUAGCUUUAUUCUGAAUGAUUGUAUUAGUCUGUGUUUAGGAAAACGUAUACAAUUAUUUCAAGAAUAAGAAUAGUUAUAUGUUAAGAAUUUUUGCUGGGCGCGGUGGCUCACGCCUGUAAUCCCAGCACUUUGGGAGGCUGAGGUGGGCGGAUCACGAGGUCAGGAGAUCGAGACCAUCCUGGCUAACACGGUGAAACCCCGUCUCUACUAAAAAUACAAAAAAUUAUCGGGGCGUGGUAGUGGGGGGCCUGCAGUCCCAGCUACUCAGGAGGCCGAGGCAGGAGAAUGGCGUGAACCCAGGAGGCGGAGCUUGCAGUGAGCUGAGAUCGUGCCACUGCACUCCAGCCUGGGCCACAGAGCGAGACUCCGUCUCAAAAAAAAAAAAAAAAAAAAAAGUAUUUUGGAGGUGUUUGAGCAGUGAAAGGUGUGGAAGACUCCAGCAGGAAUAUCAAAGAAAAAUAGUCACUGGCAGCUUCAGUGAGAAACCAGAGCUCAUGGAGAUGUCUUAGAAGUUACUGCUUCUGGCUGCUUGAUUGGGAUUAGAGAUGGUGAGGUCUGUGCAGUAUUCAUCUGAGAUUAAUGGCUUAGUGCUUCACUUCUGCCUUUCCUAUUCCAUUCAGGUUUUCCUUUUUUUUUUUUUAACAGCAUUUAAAAUUUUUUUUUUAUUUUUAAUUUAUUAUCUAUUUAUUUUGAGACCGGGUUAAGAGAUGGUCUAAUUUUUGUAUUUUUGGUAGAGACAGGUUUUCGCCAUGUUGCCCAGGCUGGUUUUGAACUCCUGACCUCAAGCAGUCCACCCACCUCAGCCUCCCAUAGUGCUGGGAUUACAGUUGUGAGCCACUGCGCCUGGCCCAUUCAGGUUUUUCUCAUUGGCAAAGUUUAGCAAGAACCAUACAGGAAACGCCUUCUGGAAAACAGUUCUGAGCACCAGAUUGCAGUGGUGGUACUGUUAAGUGGACAAAGGACAUUGCAGUAUAGAAAAGUAGCUGAGACAUAUUGACCUCAAAACUGGAGAUGGUUUUAGAAACUUUGAGAGGGAAUGCAAAUGGUGCCUAAUGUCUUUGUUCAGUUGUUUUGGGUACCUGCAGUAUUAUUCUUUUAGGAAAUGGUGACUGGGUGCCAUGUUCAAAUGUAUUCCCCAAAAGUUCAUGUUGGAAAUUGAAUCCUCAAAUCCAUAUGUUGAUGGCAUUUAGAGGUGGGAGCCUUUGGGAGGUAAUUAGGGAUAGAUGAAGUUAUGGGGGUGGCUCCCUAUGUUGGGAUUAGUAGCCAUGUAAGAAGAGGAAAAGAGAGCUGAGCUGGCAUGCUUCCUCCUUCUCACCAUGUGAUGACUUCUGUUAUGAUGCAGCAAGAAGGCCCUCACCACAUGUGGCCGCUCAGCCUUGGACUUCCCAGCCUCCAGAGCUGGAAGAAAUAAAUUAUAUAUAUACACAUACAUAAAUUAUAUACAUACAUAUAAAUUACCCAGGUCAGGUUUUCUGUUACAGCCACAAAAAAUGGACUAAGACACAGGAUAGGUUGGGGUUUGGGGGCUGUAUUGUGAAUAUCUAAAAAAAUUGGCAGUGGAAACAUGACACAGUGAUUGAUAGCAAUUUGAUGAGCAUCAUUGAGAAGCAAAUGAUGUAGACAGACUUUAUUAUCCUUUCCUUGCCCUUCAGGCCUAGAUCUCUAACAGUGUGUCAAGAAAGAAGGUAUUGCUAAAGCUGUCUAGGCUUUGCUUUUAAAAGUCUUGUAAGGAAUGGCAUGUCCUGGGGUGCCCGGAGAUACAAAACCUUUUUUGUUAAAUCCUGGAAGCUUACUGUAUAAAAUGAGUCUUUUCUGUCAAUUGCACCACUGGGAUAGUUGACCCUGUAGGGCAACUGAUGCUUAUGUGGUAACUCAGAGACGGAGGGGCUUCCAUAUUAUGGUUUCUCCAUCUCAAAAAUGGGCCUCUGAUUAUUGCAAAGGAAACAAGCAAGAAGGUCACACUUAGUUUUAAGUGGUUUGGCCUGAAAGUGAUACAUUACACUUACACCCUGUUUGGCAAAACCGGUCUCAUGGUUUUAACUUGAGGCAAGCUGGCUGAGAAAUUAGGGGAAUGUUGGCUAUGUAUGUGAAGCUGUUAAAAGAAUGAGGAAAGUCAGGGCUGGGCGCGGUGGCUCAUGCCUGUAAUCCCAGCACUUUGGGAGGCAGAGGUGGGCAGAUCACAACAAGGUCAGGAGUUCGAGACCAACCUGACCAACAUGGUGAAAUCCCGUCUCUACUAAAAAUAGAAAAAUUAGCUGGGCAUGGUGGCGCAUGCCUGUAAUCCCAGCUACUCUGGUGGCUGAGGCAGGAGAAUCGCUUGAACCCGGGAGGCAGAGGUUGCAUGAGCUGAGAUUGCGCCACUGCACUCCAGCCUGGGCAACGGAGCGAGACUCCAUCUCAAAAAAAAAAAAAGAAUGAGGAAAGUCAUAUUGGAGUGAUCACCACCAUACCUAAAAAACAAGGUAUAGAAUAUCAUAUAUGGUAUUCUCUUUGUGAUAAAAAAAAAUCUGAAAUUAAUACCUAUCAAGAAACCUAUUUAAGAAAAUAAAAAGUUUGAGAAGGCAAAACAGAAUAGGGAUUUUCAUAUAUUUGUAAUAUAAUUUUGACUUUAGAGACAAAAAUAUUUUACAUGUGGAAAAGCAACGAAUAAAAAGGGAAACUAAAAUUGAAAACUAAAACAAGAUGGGAUUAUUCAUUUUUUGAAACAAAUAUAGCCUUAAACAUUUUAAAUGUUCACCCUCAAUUGAGUAUAUUCUAUAUAUGCAAGGAAAUCCUGUGAAGGUCUUUAGUGCUUCAUUGGAAAUAUAGGCUCCCUCUGAAAAUCCCCGAGUUAUGAUAUAACAGAUUACCUUUCGGUUAUAGUCUAAUAUGAAAAUACAUUUGGAAGUGUUUACCUCUCUCACUUUAAGGUAAGAGGGCAUGAAUUUUUUUUUAAAUCUCAAAUUCAUUUUCCUACCUUGAUAGUGGAAUUAGAAUAUAUUAAAACUUGGAGAAAUAUUUUCAUUUAGAUACAAAUAGAGCUCAAUAGAAGUAAAUCUGUAAGUUAAAAAAAAACAGUAAGGACGUUUAAUAAUUUUUGUCUUUCUUUUUGAACACCCAAAAGACAGGCGAUAGGCUCUAUAUAAUAUUAGACUCUCAGGAUAAAGAACAAAGUCAGUUGAUGUAAUCUGGCUCUUCCCAAAAUUAUGGUGACCACGUUGUCAUUAAUAUAAUUGGUAACAGGUAUUUGGUCUGCAACAUGUUUGUGGGUUUUGUUGUUGCUGUUGUUUGAGAAAGGGUGUCCCUCUGUCCAGCCCAGGCUGCAGUGCAGUCGUGUGAUCACAGCUUGUUGUAGCCUCAACCUCCUGGGCUCAAAUGAUCCUCCCACCUCAGCCUCCCGAGUACCUGGGACCACAGGUGUUGCCACUACACCUGGCUAACUUUUUGAUUUUUUUGUAGAGAUGAGGUCUCACUGUGUUGCUCAGGCUGGUCUUGAACUCCUGUGCUCAAGCUCAAACGAUCCUCCAACCUCAGCCUCCCAAAGUGCUGGGAUUACAGGCAUGAGCCACUGUUCCUGGCUUUCUAACUUAAUUGUUUCUUUCUCUUCCUCUGUUUUUGAUCUGUGAAUAUGAAAUUUGAAAAUCCCCAUUCUUCAUUAAAAUUAUAGUAGCCAUUUAACAAAAUUAAUAUUCUUUGGGAAAAAAUAUGGAAAUAUUGCUUUCAGGUAAACACGACAAAGCCUCAAAAUGAAAAUGGUUUUGCCCCUUAUCCUAUACCCUUCUCAGUCAUACACCAGCCAUCUGCAUUCUCCUCAAGGAGAAGGAAGGCUGAGUGCUGAUGGAGGUAGAGUAGGCAGAAUGGACUUCUCAAGAGGACCUGCCACAUCCCAAACUGCAGCCUCCGGACUUGCUAUUAUGUGAGAAAGAUAAACUUCCUACUUGUUUUUUAGUCCCUGUUUUUCAGAUUGUCGUUACAAAAAUUUUUCUACCUGACAAAUAAGAUUGUUAUUUUUCACUGGGAAUAGAAUGCAGCAUUUGAGAGUGAAUCUUCCAUUUUCAUGGCUUAGAAAAACUUCAUGAAAACCUUUUUCCACUGCUGAGGUGGAUCUAUUUAGUUCAUGUUGCCUGAGAUACAAAAUGUGGGAAUAAAAGUAGAAUUAUGACCUGCUAAUCUACGAGCCUAUGCAUUGCAGUAACUUUCUUCUUUGCAUCGAAAAAAGUGCAUUCGUUCAUUCGUUCAUUCAUUCAUUCAAUACAAAUGCACAGAGUCCCUGCUCUCAGGGAUUAUUCUAAUCAUUGAUGAUCUAGCAAGAAACUGAACCAGUUCCCUGCUCUCAAGUAUCUUAUGUUCUAUACGGGUAAGUCAGCAAUAAUUAUAAUAGGAGGAUAAGUUCAACAAAAUGUACAUGUAGUGACAGAAUGACAGGGUGUCCUAAUUUAAACUGUUCAGGAAAUACCCAUAGGAUAAGAUGAUAUUUGAGCAAAAUCAGUAAUUGGACUCUGUCAUAUAGAUACAAAUGGGGAAAAAUAAUUGGGCAGAGGAAAUGGAGAAAAUUGUCAGGAUGGGAACAUGUUUAUAAUGAUUGAGGAAUAUCCACAAUCAGCGCGUGGCUUGGUGAGGCGUGUGAUCAUAUCUGUUGGAGACAUUUAAAAUUUGAGACUUCUUAUGGUUCACAAUUUUUUUAUUUCGGGGGACCUAAAAGUCAAAACACCUAUAUAAACUGUGUAUAUUUUUGCACGUU